GUCAACAAAGAGGACAGCACAGCUGAAGACCAACUCACUGUUUCUCUCUGUUUUUUAUUCAUUUUAAAGGUCCACGAGGGGGCAUCGUCUGAUUUCUGGUGAACCGGAUGACUGAGGGCGGAGUUUUGUGCAUCGAGUUCAGGCGGGAAAAACGAAUACGUGCUGACGUCAUGUGUUUUCACGUUGAAUGAGUUGCUUCCACGAUGGCUCCCGUCAAAAUAAAACACAUCGUCUCAUUUACAUCACAGGACAGCAGGAAUGGUGUGUGUAAUCUGUGUGAUGGCAGUGACAGCAGCAGGCCGUGGUUGUGCAGCGCUCAGGACCGCACUGGAGUCCUCAGAGUGGAGCUACAGAUGGAGAAAGUGUCUGCUAUUGGAUUCAUUGAUGUUGGAAACUAUGGCUCUGCGUUCAUUCAGGUUGAUGUCGGCCGCUCCUCUUGGUCAUCAGAUCAUCCAUUUGUCACUCUGCUGCCCACUGCAACACUCAUGAGUCCAGCCGACUCCAAACAGGGCACGGGACGCCAAAAUGUGCGCAUGUUUAAAAAAGCUGAUUUUCUCUCUCGGGCCGCUGAGGAGAGCUGGGACAGACUGCGAGUCACCUGCACUCAGCCUUUUAACAAACACUCACAGUUCGGUCUGUCCUUUCUGCGCAUCCGCACCGUAGAAGAGGACACUGUAGAUUCAUCAGCGCAACAAGAAGAUACUCCUGAAAAUCUGCGCACACCAGAAAAGAUGUCAUCUGUGAUGGAGUGGCUUUCCAGUCCAGCUGUCCAAAACACAUUUUUUGGGCGAAUCACAGGGGACGGCCCCUCAGAAGCCCAGAGGAAUGCUGGGAGUUUGAGCCGGGCCGAGCGGAUGGUCAAAGCUGCUCAAUUUAAGAGACGCUCCUUGUCAACUUCUCCCUGCAGCACUGCAUCCAGUACAACCCCUCAGAGAGAAGAUGACUCCAAAAGCCCAUCAGGUGGAUUUAGAACGUCUGGGGAACUAGUUAAGACCCCUGAAGAGCAAAGGAGGAAGCCUAAGGCACGGCAGAUCCUCUUAAACAGCAGUACUCCAUUGAAGAGAUCCAGACCCACAACAUCCACACAUGAUCAUCCCACCUCACCAAAAUCACCCAGAAGUGUCAGCAAUCACAGACAGAAGCCAAUAGACACACAGGACUCUCCUGAGACCAGCUGUCCCCUUUGUGGAGAAUCCUUCAGUCCAGAUUACCUCCCUUUCCAUGCCUCCACCUGUCUGGAUUCAGAUCCAGCAGGGCUUGUGGGAGUAGUGAGCUCUUCUGUUUUUGGCUCUGGCGCAGGUGAGCAUAUGGUUCCAUGUCCUCUUUGCUCCAUCCCAUUCCCCCCGGAUCGCAUCCAGCAGCACGCCAGCACCUGCGGAGACACCCGAGAGCCCAACGCUGUCUGGCUGAACUGAGGAGUGCGUCAAGGUCUCGGAAAGCUUUUCGCAGUAGCAGAGUGGAAAUAGAAAUCAGGUACUUUCUAGACCUUUCACAAAACGUCUGUAGAUUUUGAAGAAUCUGCACGGCUUCCUAUAAGGACUAUUUUUUAUUGACAUAUUUAGAGGUCAUUGAUCAUUAUUAGGUGUUUAAGUGGCAAACGUAUUUUGGACUGUAUAUAUUUUUGUCAUAUCUGCCAUUCAGUCUAUGUUCAAUUACAAUUAGAGUGCUGAAUUUCAUGUUAUAAUGUAUUGUUUAUAAUAUACAAGUUGCUGUGCAAGUUGUUUAGCUAUGGGAAAACAUUUACUAUCUAAAAGUCUAAUAAUGUUUCUUCCAAAGUUUCAAAUAAGUUGAAAUUGUCAUUUAGGUGGUCAAAGUAAUGUUUUCUUUCCUUUUGUUUUCAAAAUUUGGAAUUACGUAGUCUUUAAGCAUUAAGUAAGCAUCUUUUCGAAUAUUUUGACUAGACUAGAUGUCAUUUUAAGCAAGAGAAGCAAGACGAAAUGUUAUCAGUGGUUUAUGUAACAUAUUAUAUUAUGUAUAUAGAGUUGAAGAAUACAGUUAUUAACCCCCUUUGAAUUAAUUUUUCUUUUUAAAAUAUUUCUCAAAUGAUGUUGUGAAUGAUGCAAGGCAAUUUUCACAGUAUGUCUGAUAAUAUUUUUUCUUCUGGAGAAAGUCUUUGUUUUAUUUCAGCUAGAAUAAAAGCAGUUUUAAAUUUUUAAAAACCCAUUUUAAGGUCAAAAUUAUUAGCCCCUUUAAGCUAAUUAAUAAAUCCAGAGAAAUGUAAAAACUUCAAGUUGUCCUAUUUUUUCAUAGCUGUAUGCAAAAUAUAUUAUUUAGAAGGUUUCAGGGUUCAUACGGUCGUGGAAAACCUGGAAAAGUCAUUGAAUGACUUCCAGGCCUGGAAAAUCAGAAAAACCCACAAAGUUUUGGAAAAGUCGUGGAAAACAGAUAUCUGUAUACUUGAAACUAGGUUAGUUGUGUUUACUACUUUUCUGUCCGCGGCCAAUCACAUACUCUCACAUUAUUAGUGCGGUGUAAGCAUUAUCUAAAUCAAUUUUACACAGAUGGAAAUAUAAGCUGAAACUAAAUAGAUUGUUGUGUGUUUUAUGAUAUGCUGUAAUAAAUGUUAACGUAUUGUUUUUUUACCAUGUAUAUGUAGACAUUGCAUGAAACAUUAGGUCAUGAAAAUUUACAUAGAAGUCUUGGAAAAAUCAUGGAUUUGUGUAUGAACCCUGAAGUUUGUUUCUGUUUAGGUUUGCUGUCAUUUUUUCACUUUAAUUAGCAACAAAUAUGGGACAUUCUACCAGAAACGUACAUUAUCUGUCCUUGAAAUGAAAAGUAUUUCAUGCCAAAUAAAUUCUGAAAUGGACUGUGAGUUUCGGUGAGUUGUUCUGUUAAGCAACAUUUCAUUCAUUUGGUUCUCAGGUUUUCUUUCUUUAUUAAAAACACUUUACAAAU